AUGAUGAAGCUACGACGGACACCCGUCACAACUUGGCUUGUAGUACUAGUGCUGGUAGUUGUGUGGGUCAGUGACCCGAAAUGUCAUGUCCAAGCCAACAACACCAAAAGAACAACGCGGAAAGUGCUGCCAUUAGAUCAUCACGUUGGCAGAAAUUUGGCCAACGAAAAUGAUGAUGAUGUUCAGACUAAGAGUACUCAACAACAACGACAACGAUAUCUACAAGCAUUCCCCAAGUCCAAUCAAGGAGUGACAUACGACAGUAAAGACCCUUCCACGCACCACCGUCAAGGUGCUACCAGUGGUGGCAGUGCAGGUGGUGGAAAUAGUGGUGGUGGUGGCGCUACUAGCUUUGCCGGGGGCAGUGGCGACGGCGGGUUUAUUGGAGAUGGAAUGAACAUUAUCCGUGGAAGAGCUGGAUCUGGAUCAUCUGCAUCCUCCGUCGAUCAUACCAAUCGUCAAGGACAUUCCUUUUAUGCCUCUGGAUCGGUCGAUCAACGCCCUGCACCCACACCGGCGAAACAAAAACCCGGACCUGCCACUCCCCAUUACAAAUCUAUUACAGAACCCAAAACACAUCGACCGUCCUAUUCCCCCGUCUACUACCCAGAUAAUGGUGGUGGUGGUGGUGGUCAUAAGAGGUCGUCCAGCAGGAGCAAGAGCAAAAGUAAAAGCAAGGGAAAGGGAAAAGGGAAAGGAAAGGGAAAGGGAGACAGGUCCUAUUAUGAACCAGGUGGUGGACCCAUUGAUGGCGGAAACAUGGGAGCGGAUGAAAUCCACCCACCCAGUGCAACUCCUGGCGGCGAUGGCGAUGGCGGUGGCGGCGACACGCCCACGAUCAUGGAGCCAGAACCAGAAACCAUCAACUUGACACCCUUUGGACUGCUCUACGAACUAGCCGAGGGAGUAGGAACACCCUCUAGCGAAGAAUACGCAAUGGCCAUUGAUGUCACUAUGGGAUACCUAAACACAUACAUGAGUCUACAAUACGAAGGAAGGGGGUUAGAAGAAUUCGUUUCCUCCGCCACAUCCACCAUUUAUCGAGACGGUGUGCCACAAAUUGACUAUUCGGCCACGGCUACCUUUCGAACCGACAGUCCACCCUCAUUGGAAACGCUAGAUCAAAACGUCAUGCAAGCAUUCACCGGAGCCAAUCUGGCACUCUACUUGAGCAUGCUACAGAAUUUGCCGUCCGAAAAUCGAUUCUCCACCGUGUCAGGAGCCAGACUCACCAAUCCAACCAAUUUGGGGAGAAGUGCCAGAUCGAGUUUGAUUGGAAACGUUUCUACGCCCGGUAUUGCGGGAGCCAUUGGUGCUGGAGCCUUUCUCGUUGUCGCCAUUGGAUUUAUGAUUUAUGGCAAACAAACCACGGGAAAAGUGCUUCCACGAGGUUCUUCUUGCCUCUCACCGGAACUGCAUCCAGAGGAGGAGGAGAAUGAACAAACUGCGUUGCGACCACCGGCCAUGCCAAGCAAACCAAUCCCCCGAAAACCAUGGAGCAAAGCUCAAAAACUACAGGCUCAAUUGUUGCGUUGCGAUGUACCAGAGGACGAAGAGGAUGAAAACGCGAGCAACGAAACAACCACUGUCUGUUCGGAUGAUUCCACUGUCAAAUCGGGACUUUCACGACUCUUUUCGACAUGCGCUGCAAGAGCUAGUAGAAUACCCCAAACAAUAAGCCAGCAACCACAACAACCUGGAACACCAGAAGCCCAAAACAAUGACCCGCCCAACGAGCCACAGACGACGCCACCACAACAACAGCCACUAGUACAACAGCAACGAGACCCGCCAGACUCUCCAGCCCCCGACUUUGAAAAUUCGUCGUCGGCACCCGGGUUGGGGUCAACGACACUUUUUUAG